UUCUCCAGUCAGGAUCACUUCAGACGCCAGGAGGAAAUCAAGAGAGCGCCCAGAUGAUCCGUCCCUGCUGUUCGAAGAAAGACUGAGCCAGAUCGAGAUCUAUUUUGCCUCUAGCUGAUCUGUGCAGACGUCACAGCAUGUCUUUCUGUCAGUUUUUGGGCGGCGAGGUCUACAAGGAUCAUUUCAAACCAGGCAUGUAUGUGUGCUCCCAGUGUAACCACCCACUGUUCUCCAGUCGGUCCAAGUUCGCACACUCGUCUCCCUGGCCAGCUUUCACUGAAACCAUCAGGGAGGACAGCGUCACCAAGAUGAUGGAGACUCUCACUGCCUACAAGGUACUGUGUGGCAAGUGUGGCAACGGGCUGGGCCAUGAGUUUGUAAAUGACGGCCCAGAUGAAGGAGUGUCACGCUUUUGAAUAUUCAGCCACUCGCUUAAGUUUGUCCCCAGCAAAGGCAAGGACAAACAGUAAAGAGCGAGGUAAGAGUUUUUCACUCCAGCUGCUGUAUCUGCUGCUCUGUCCAGACUGUUGAACAGGCCGGGUCAGUGUAUGACGUGGACAGGGGAAAGGCCUGAGAUGGACGUCCUGUCCACUGAAGAAUCUUUGACCAGCCUGUGGCACAGUGACAGGACCACACCUCUGCAAAUAUUCCUUUGAAUACCUCAUUUUAAUAUAUAUUAACUCAAAGAUUAUGAUUCCCUCACUCUUGAUAAAAUAUAUCAGUAUAUGCAUGUCAUUUUAGCAAGAUUUAACAAGGUUUUUGAGAUAUAGAAAAAUUAGGCAGUUUUCAUUCAGCCGGCGCUCGCCAGUUAUUGCUGUUAUCUCUUUUUUUAAUCUGUUUAAUUUUACAUUACAUUUUACACUGUUGCUGGUGUCAUUUGGCUUACUCCCAUUUACUUCCCUAAGGUAAAUUUAACCAUAUUAUCUAUGCACUGAAGAUUGUCAAGAUUAACAAAUCAGCUAAAUUUUUGUCCUUUUUGUUAAUGUACUAUAAGCAGGUUUACUUGAACAGAUACGUUUUACAGUGCAAGAAUGUUAAAUAACAGAAUUUUUGUGCAUUCACAUUUUACUUAGAGUAACUCAGUCUAAGAUUUAGAUUUUUUCUCCAUUGUUAGUGUAUUGAUGCUCAAAUGAAGGGAAAAAGUAUCUGAUUUAUUUGCAGUGGUGGCAUUUAAGAACAUUAACUCAAGUACUGUACUUUCUACAAUUUUAAAGUACUUUACUACAAUUCAGAGGGAUGCUUUUAAAAUUUAACAUUCAAAACAUAUGAUGAGUAAAUAAAACACGAUGGAUGCAUUGUUAUAAAUUGAACUAAGAUUAUGUAAAAUAGUUUUAAUUAUAUUUCACCUAAUAAAACUGCAAAAUGCUACUUACACAUAAUGCAUCAGUAAUAAUAAUGUAACACUCAAAGUUGACAAUUAGUUCAUUUUGCUAAUAAUACUUGCAUACUUUUCCAAGAAAGAUAUAUAACUGUAGGGGAGACCAAGUAUGAUUGUAACAUGGGGAGAGUUGUAACAACACGAAUUCCACCGAUUAGAGAUAGGUGAUCAUUUCAGUAUUUACCUACUUCCUCCAGGAUUAGGCAUGCUGUUUGUCAAGUCUAGAAAUGGGUACAUUACGAAUAUGUAGACAAAAAAAUUAUUUUGAGGUCAGAAAGUAAAUUUUUUGACCAAAACUAUAUUUUUCUGAGGCUACACGUGAUGCAUUUUUUCCUUUCUAAUUUUUAACCACUAUGUUUAAACAACACUGGCUGACGGGUGGGAUGGGUUGUAACAGUUCUUUAAAAAGUGCUAUGCAUACUAUAAUAUUGUACAGAGUGCCAUUUGCAGUCUGGGCCCACCAAGCCUGCACUCUAGGGUUAGCAGCAUUCGUUUGUCGACACUUCGACCAGUUCUUCCCAUUCAAAUGUAUUCAUAUGUUGGCGUCUGUAUCGGCCGUCGAUCUUUUCCAUAUUCCGUUUCCGCCGGUGGAGAGGGCAGAGAAGUGUAUGGGCAGCUUGUGAGAAAUUCCAGUACACAAGAAAAAGUCCGGGUACGCCAAAGAGUAAAAUAUAGAAGUUUUAUUAAAAAAUUAAUUUUCUCCUUUUACCAAAUAUGAAAAAGGUCAAUGCGCCCAUGCCAGGAAACUUAAUGUCUUAUAAUUUACUUUAUAGCCCCUUGCUCAAUUCUUUAUUUUUAUUAAAUUAUUAUUGUAUUGGUUCACCUUUCUCUACUUAAAUACUACUGCUCUUUAUUUUGUGGUUACUUCCUAUAAGUAAUUGAUGGUUACAUGUACCAUAUGUAUAAAUUGAAAACAUCUUAUCUUAUCAUCAUGACAAAUGCUUGUUUUUCAGGAUUUCUCCUAACUGGAUGGAUUUGAAAGAGAAGAAAUCUGUAUUUAUGGUUAUGGAGCUUAGCUAAUCAUACAAGCAUUCCUGUAAGUUUUGGAUUGUGUCACAAGCAUAAAGGAGAUAGGAAAGGAAGCAAAGAAUUUGACCAGCUCUUAUCAUGACUGCCACUUAAAUACCUCCAGGUCACUUCACUCAGUUAGGAACCUUCCCAAGGAAAAAAUAAUAUUCUAUUGCAACUCUUAUAUAGGCAGAGGAACCAAUGUUCCCUAGAUUGACCUCAAGAUGGAGUACUCAUCCUGCCAGAUCACAAGUUCCUCUCUACAGAAGAAUAGAUUCCCCAGUUUUGUUUGAGUGAAAAGUCUGAUUAAAAACAAUAAAUAAUAUGUUCUUA